AUGGAGCGUAGCGGCAAGAAAUUGGUACAAGACCACGAACCGCUAGUCAGCUUCUCUGGUGACAUAACCCAACCCCUAGGUUCGGAUUAUAUGACGGUGUGUAUUGGGACUGCACCAUGCACAGUUUGCGUCGAAGCUGAAUUCAUCAUAGUCGAUGCCUACAGCUCAUACAACGGGAUCAUCGGCCGACCUACACUUAACCGGAUGAGAACCUUUAUCGCAGGACACAUGAUGAUCAUAAAAUUCCCAACUCCGCACGGAACAGGACAGGUCCGGGGUUCACAGUCCGUGGCAAAAGAUUGCCAGACACGUGCAAUUCGACAAACGCGCAACCGACACGAAAUCCUGGCAGUACACGCCACAGUAAACUUAACUGACAAAGUUGUCGACGCACGAGAUGACGAAACGUCGAAGGGAAAGAGCAAGCAGAAGGCUACGCCAUACGAGACAAAAAUCCCGGCAAACCCCGAAUCCUCAUUGAAAAGCAUUACGCCAUUCGCAAGUCAUCCGGAGCGCAGGAUCAAAAUCGGGGCAACUCUCAAUCCCACUGUUGAGAGAGAUUUAACAAGUUUCUUGGGCGACAACAUGGAAGUCUUCGCAUGGUCUUAUGAAGACAUGCCUGGCAUCUCGCCCAACAUCAUCAUGCAUGAAUUGCACAUCAAACCUUCCGCACACCCAAUUAAGCAAAAGCGCCGAAGCUUCGACGACGAAAAAAGCACGGCAAUACGCCAGGAAGUUGACAAAUUAAGAGGCAUGAAGUUCGUCCGGGAAGUACAGUACCCUGAGUGGAUCUCAAACUGUGUUAUGGUACGCAAAGCCAACGGUAAAUGGCGUAUGUGUGUGGAUUACAAGAACGUAAACAAAGCAUGCCCAAAAGACAGUUUCCCCCUACCCAGAAUUGACCAGCUCAUCGAUGCCACGGCAGGUCACGAGUUGCUCAGUAUGAUGGACGCCUACUCCGGGUACAAUCAGAUACGCAUGAACCCGGCGGAUCAAGAAGCUACGACCUUCGUCACUGAUAGGGGCAUGUACUGCUACAACGUAAUGCCCUUCGGAUUAAAAAAUGCGGGUGCUACGUAUGUGCGGUGCGUCACACAAAUGUUUGACCAACACAUCGGUCGGGAAAUCGAGGUGUACGUCGAUGACAUGCUGGCCAAAAGCAUAAAAGCAGAAGACCAUGUAACCAACCUCCGAACCAUCUUCAAUGUGCUCAAAAAGUACAAGAUGAGAUUAAACCCGGAGAAAUGUUUUUUCGGCGUAACAACAAGCAAGUUCCUGGGCUACAUCGUCAGUCAACGCGGCAUAGAGGCGAAUCCCGAAAAGAUACAGGCCAUCCUAGAUAUGGCGCAGCCAACACUCAAGAAGGAUGUAGAAGCCCUCCAAGGCAGGCUCGUGGCAUUAUCUAGAUUCAUAUCAAGACUGACUGACAAGUGUGAGCCGUUCUUCAGAUUGUUGAGACGUUCUAAGAGUAAACUGAUCGAAUGGACACCAGACUGCCAAGUGGCCUUUCAGGGAUUAAAAGAUUACAUCGCCGCAGUACCAUUACUGUCAACCCCGCAGCCGGGUGAACCCCUGUACCUUUACCUCGCAGUAUCCACAACUGCGGUCAGCAGUGCCUUAGUUCGCCGUGAUGGAACUAAAGAGCUACCAGUUUUUUACGCAGGACGAGCUAUGAACGGCCCAGAGACAAGAUACCCAACAUUGGAGCAAUUAGCCCUCGCGCUCAUCGUAGCAGCCAGACGACUGCGCCACUAUUUCCAAGCCCACAGCAUCCACGUACUCACAAAUCAACCUCUCAAACAAGUACUACAGAAUCCAGAACACUCCGGGCGACUCAGCAAAUGGGCUAUCGAGCUGACAGAAUUCGACAUCGAAUACAGGCCACGACCCGCCAUAAAAGGACAGGCUGUAGCCGAUUUCAUAGCAGAAAUGAUUCCCCGAGAUACGGCGGAAGUGGAACCAGAUAAUGUCAUCAACCCCGUCAGUAUUUCACCAUGGAAUUUGCACGUAGAUGGCUCUAGCUGCGCAAAAUCUAGCGGAGCGGGGAUCAUCUUGAGCGGACCGGGGGGACUCGAACUCGAGUAUGCUUUAAAAUUCAACUUUGCUGCCUCCAACAAUGUAGCGGAGUACGAAGCACUGAUUGCAGGACUACAAUUAGCCCUAAGCACGGGCGCCACUAGCAUUAAUGUGUUCAGUGAUUCUCAGCUCGUAGUCAAUCAAAUCACCGGGUCCUUCACUGCUAAGGAUGAGCAACUAGCAGCCUACCUGGCGUAUGCCACAACAUUAUUAAAGCGGUUCGAAUUCUACCACAUCAAUCAAAUACCGAGGGCCAACAACGCAAGAGCGGACUCCUUAGCACGACUCGCCACGGCGCAACCCCACCAAUGCCACAAGGAUACCAGGGUCGAAAUUCUCCACCAUCCCUCCAUUCACCAGACCUUGCAACAGAUAUGCCAGAUAGAGCGCGACCAAGCCUCAUGGAUGGAUGAGAUAGUAGCAUUCAAGUGCAACGGCAAACUACCAGAGGACGAGACCAUGGCAAAACAACUAAGGAGACGGGCGGUAAGAUAUUACCUGCGGAACAACACACUCUAUCGCCAAGGUCUGCUGAAUGCUGACCUCAAGUGCGUCACAACCAAAGAAGGCAAGCAGAUCUUGAACGAAAUCCACAGCGGUGAUUGUGGCAACCAUUACGGCAGCCGCGCAUUGGCCGCAAAAACACUCCGCACAGGAUAUUAUUGGCCCACAUUAGCCUCCGAUGCACAGGAGCUCGCCAGGUCUUGCCACAAAUGUCAAAUCCAUGGACCCAUACCACGCCUACCCUCCGAACCACUAUCCUACAUAGUCAGCCCGUGGAUCAACUGCCUUUGGGGAAUGGAUCUGAUUGGCCCAUUACCCGUCGGGAAAUGUCAAUUCAAAUGGGUCAUUGUAUGUAUCGAUUAUCAUUCCAAAUGGAUUGAAGCUGCGCCCCUGACGGCCAUAACAACCGAGAAGGUUCAAAACUUCCUGCAACGCAACAUCUUCUACCGCCACGGUACGCCGGAGUCUAUCAUCACAGAUAACGGCACGCAGUUCAACAACGAGUACCUCAUCACCUGGUGCAAGGCAAGAGGAACUAAGCUCAAAUUCGCAUCCGUAGCACAUCCAAAAACCAAUGGGCAAGUAGAAGCCGCCAACAAAUUGAUUAAAAGCCUUCUUCGGAAAAAGCUGGGUGAAGCUAAAGGACUUUGGCCAGAAAAACUUGACGAGGUAGUAUGGGCAAUCCGUACCACACCAACAGAAGCCACAGGCGAAACUCCUUUUUGCUUAAUGUAUGGCACGGAAGCAGUUCUACCCAUCGAAGUAAUUCAGCCAACACAACGGGUUUCACUAUUUGACCCCGAAACCAAUUCGGACAGUAUACACCUUGAUAAAGAUCUCUUGGAAGAGAAACGCAUCACAGCGCAUCGCCAUAACAUCCAGAACAAACAGCGCGUGGCACGCUUCUAUAACUCGAGGGUCAAAAGCAGGACACUACAAGUAGGCGACUGGGUUCUAAAGAGGAUCCAAACAAAGGUCACUGGACUACGCCCGAAAUGGGAUGGACCAUAUAAAGUCGUCCAAAUCAUAGCCCCAAACACGUACUGCCUAGAAGACAAGUACGGAGAAAAAUUAGCCCAUCCUUGGAACAUGGAACAACUCAAGUACUAUUACAAGUAA